AUGCCAAAGGAGAAAUCUAUUAAAGGGAAAUUAAAUUUUGGGUUAACUUCUUCAAGUACUCCAAAUACUUCAAAUGUUUCUCUUCUUCAGAUACCUGAAAACAAGCUGAAUACAAUAUCUAGUAGCUCUAGUGAUAAUCUAAAAGAUGCUGUAAGGAGAUGGCACGCUAAAAGAAAACAAGAAUUAUUUAAUGAUAACAAAACUGUUGAAGAUACAAAAAAGUCUGAUUCAGUAAUACUUGCAAAAUCUACAUCUCCUCAAAUUAAUACUAGUAUAACAACUGUAAACCCUUUUACACAGGGUAAGAGUCCACCAAAGUCAAAUUUAGCAGAUUUUUUACCUAAGCCUUCACUUACUGAUAGAAUUGCAAAAAAUUCUGGUGAAGUUAAACCUACACCUUUAUCAACUGAAUCCAAAGAAAAGAUAACAAGCAAAAGGACACGUGAAGCUUCUCCUCAAGUUACAGAUAUUAUUGAUAAUAUAGAGAAUAGUGCAUCUUUUACAUCCCCAAUAUCUACUUCAAGUGGUCCAUUUGAUGGUCCUUUGUCUUUUGAUGCAAUAAUGGCGUUAAAGAGGAAAAAAACCCUAACUUCUAGCGAGGAAACUAUAAAUAUUAGUACUAAUACAAGUCCUACAAUUACUGAUACAUCAAAUAAGGAAUCAAAUUUUAGAUCUAUAAACUCUGAAGGAAAGAUAUCUGAUCAAAUAACAAUAGAUCAAACUAAGCAUAACAGACUCCAAUCAAAAUCAUGUUUACACUUAGCUACAACAAAUCAACAGUUAAAAUUAAAAGAAAAUAAUACUAUAGAAACUCAAGAUAUUUUACUAGUAAGUCAGGAUAUAACAAUAAAACCCACAAAUAAUGGCAAUUCAUUGUUAGUUGAGGACAAAUUACCUAUUAACAAGAAUUUAUCUAAAUCUCAAAAUAAUUCAAAUUUGACACUAAAUUUAACCCAAUCAACUGAAAAUUCUAAAAAUUCAUCUUUAUCUAAACAUUUAAAUAAUUCAACAAUAUCUAAUACUGAUAGCCACAAUUCUAUCAAUUAUAUUGUUAAAAUAAGUAACAAAGUAUCUAAACUGAAAGAAGCAUUAUUUCAGAGUAAAACUAUACCUGAACUCCUAGGAAAUAUUUGUAUUAUUAUUAAUCAUAUUGCAACAAGUUUGGAUGAGAUAGCCUCAAAAUAUGGAAAGAACCAAAGCAAGUACUCAAAUUUAUCAAGUGCAAUGAAUUCAUGUUUAAAUAUAAUAAAUAACCCAGGAGAAAAUGACUGUAUAGCUGACUUAUCACUAGAAUUAUUUGCUAAAUAUCCUGAAAUAUUUGAAAGUUUAAAAAAACUUUCAAAUUCUGUAAAAGAUUCAAAUACAUGUACAAAUUUAGAAGGUCUUUGUGUAUAUAUUCUUGGUUAUGGUAGAUUAAUAGAUGAUCUUACAGUAAAAGUGAAUAUUGCCGUUAAACAUUUAGUAUAA